CACGCCGACAGUGCUAUCAAGCCGCGUCUGGCUGCUUCGCGCUGGUGCAGGUGCUCUAUUUCAUCGAGAGAGGAUGCGAAAGGAAAGAAGGGGAGGGAAAGAAUGAAGGGAAACGUCGGAGAAAAGUAUGCAGGGCAUGCGUUAAAGGGUUUCAGCAACAGACAGUCUGUCUAACGUCCAGGGGCUCUGCUGAGAAUGAUUUAUUGAAAGGGGCACUUUGAGAUAUGAUGAGGUUUCUUUCUGGUUGGCAAUAGUACUAUGAUUUGGUAUGUGGCCACUUUGAUAGCAAGUGUAUUCAGCACCAGAGGAACGGCUGCUCAAGGUGCCCACGGAGUCAGAGAGGAACCCCAGUUUGUGACGGCCCGCGCUGGGGAGACCGUGAUUCUAGGAUGUGACGUGACCCACCCACUCAACGGUCAGCCCUACGUGGUGGAGUGGUUCAAGUUUGGAGUGCCCAUCCCCUUCUUUAUCAAUUUUCGCUUCUACCCUCCCCAUGUGGACCCCGAGUAUGCCGGUCGAACCAGCCUGCAUGGCAAGUCAUCUCUGCGUAUUGAGAGGGUUCGCUCAGAAGAUCAGGGCUGGUUUGAGUGCAAGGUCCUGAUGCUGGAGCAACAGUUCCACACCUUUCACAACGGCAGCUGGGUGCACCUUACAGUCAACGCUCCCCCAACUUUCACGGACACGCCGCCGCAGUAUGUUGAGGCCAAAGAGGGGGGCAGUGUCACUCUGAGCUGCACGGCCUUCGGGAAUCCCAAACCCUCGGUCAGCUGGCUCAGGGAGGGAGAGCCUGUAAGGGACAGCAGCAAGUACAAGGUAAGCGAUGGCAGCCUGACACUCGUUUCGAUCACCCGUGACGACAGAGGAGCCUACACAUGCCGAGCCUACAGUGAACAGGGAGAGGCCGUCCAUACCACGCGUCUACUUGUCCAAGGACCCCCAUUUAUUGUCUCACCUCCAGAGAACAUAACCGUAAACAUAUCCCAGGAUGCAUUCUUCACCUGUCAGGCUGAGGCGUACCCUGGCAACCUAACGUACACCUGGUUCUGGGAGGAAGAUAACGUCUUCUUCAAGAAUGACCUGAAACGCAGAGUGAGCAUUUUGAUCGACGGUUCGCUCAUCAUCUCCCAGGUGAAGCCUGAAGAUGCUGGGAGAUACACCUGCAGCCCAAGUAACAGCCUCGGACGUCCACCCUCAGCAUCGGCGUACCUGAUAGUGCAUUACCCUGCCCGUGUGAUAAACAUGCCGCCCGUUAUUUACGUGGCCAUCGGACUGCCGGGAUUCAUCCGAUGCCCGGUAGAUGCCAACCCACCUGUCACUUCAGUGAAGUGGAAAAAAGACAGCCUGCCUCUGCGGAUAGAGAAGUACCCCGGAUGGAGCCAAAUGGAAGAUGGGAGCAUUCGAGUGUCAGAGGUGACAGAGGACUCUCUCGGCACCUAUACCUGUGUGCCUUACAAUAGCCUUGGUACAAUGGGACCGUCCCCUCCCGCCCCUCUGGUGCUAAAGGACCCACCUAAAUUUCUGGUGGUUCCUGGAGGGGAGUACAGGCAGGAGGCUGGACGAGAGCUGCUCAUCCCCUGUGAAGCAGAAGGAGACCCAUUCCCCAACAUUACAUGGAGAAAGGUAGGGAAGCCCAGCAGAAGCAAGCACAACGUCCUACCGAGAGGCAGCUUACAGUUCAAAUCUCUCAGCAAGGAGGACCACGGAGAUUGGGAGUGUGUCGCCUCCAACGUCGCCACGAGCAUCACUGCCAGCACGCACAUCCUAGUAAUCGGCACAAGCCCACACGCCCCCGCCAACGUACGCGUUUCGGUCUCUGCGACCUCAGCCAACGUCACGUGGGAUCCCGGUUACGAUGGCGGCUUUGAGCAGACAUUCUCAGUCUGGUACGGCCAUGUGGUGAAGAGGGAACAGUUAGGACCGCAUGACUGGCUGUCCACGCCUGUGCCCAGCGGGCAGCACUGGCUCCUGGUGAAUAGCCUGGAGCCCGAGACGGCCUACCAAUUUAGCGUCCUGGCCCAGAACAAGCUGGGGACGGGGCCCUUCAGCGAGGUCGUCACUGUGAACACACUAGUAUUUCCUAAAAGUACCCCAGAACCACUGGUGCUGCUUACCCCACCACGGUGCCUCACAGCCAACCGGACACAGCAGGGAGUCCUACUCACAUGGAUCCCUCCAGCCAAUCACACGUCGCCAAUUGAUCACUACAUCAUGGAGUUUCGCCUUGGGGAGAAAUGGGAUGUUCUUGAUGAUGCAAUCCCUGCUGGAGAGACCGAGCUUUUGGCUAGAGACCUGAUUCAGGAGGCCUGGUAUGAGUUCAGAGUUAUGGCAGUUAUGGAAGAUCUUAUCAGUGAGCCCAGUAAUAUUGUUGGAGUCUCCAGCACAGAGUACUUUCCGCCUCCCGAGGUGCCAGAAGAGGGUCUGGCUCGGCCGGUAGUGGCAGGCAUUGUGGCCACCAUCUGUUUUCUGGCAGCAGCGAUCCUCUUCAGCACGCUUGCAGUUUGCUUCGUCAACAAACAGAGACGCCGCAAGCUGAAGAGGAGACGAGAUCCCCCUCUGUCUGUAACACAUUGUAGAAAAAGCGUGGAGACUCCGAGUCCUCUUACCCCACUGCCUGGCAUUGAACCCUACUUUGAAGGGCAGGAGAGGAGCAGCUACAGGCCCCCGCCCUCCAGUCCUCUAUCAUCUGGAAAGUUAAGUCCAGAGAGUGUCCGCUCCAUGGGACCACCUUCAGAGUCUUCAGAGGAUGGUUCACGAGCUAAGAAGAGUCCUGCCAAGGAAAAGGAACUGUCCUUAUACAAGAAGACCAAGAGAGCAAUAAUUAGCAAGAAAUACAGUGUCUCGAAACAUGAGGCAGAGGCCACCACACCUAUUGAAUUGAUCAGCCGUGGUCCGGAUGGUCGAUUUGUCAUGGAUCCAACAGAUAUGGAGAGUCCAGUUAAGGCACGGCGCAUUGAGGGCUUUCCAUUCGUGGAGGAGUCUGACCUGUACCCUGAAUUUCGACAGUCAGAUGAUGAGAAUGAUGAUCCGGGGCCGAUGCCACCUAUGAUGGCUACCCUCAGACCCCAUCAUAUCUCCCCCAUCUCCUCAAGCCAGGACUCUUACUUGCAGCCCCCUGCCUACAGUCCUCGCUUCCAGAGGCCCAUGGAAGGUUUGACUAUCAUGGAGACCAGUCGCCUCCAGGCUACAGGACAGAUCCGUGGUGCUCCUCACUUCCGAGCUUUUUCCCAUGGCCAGUUCUACAGCUAUUUGGGAAGUCCUGGGGAACCUGAGCCUCCACCUCCUUUCUACAUGCCAGAAACCAGCCCACUCAGCUCAGUAAUGUCUUCACCCCCUUAUCACUUCGAAGGCCCGUUUGGACAUCCCGCCAUCCCAGAGGAAGUUGGUGAGGGAGAGAUUCAGCAUUAUGCAGUCUCUGGCUACACCCUUCCCUUGGCACACCCUUCCUCACGCUCUCCAGACAUCUGGCAGCGACCUGAAUUCUCAUUUGCCACAAUUGAGGGCCCUCAUUUUAUUUUUCCACCCCCGCACCCUUUGCAUUUUCAUCCAGAACCUCCCCUUCCUCCCCCUCUUGUUCUUCCUCCUAGUGCCCUCCAGGUAUCUCCUUACCCUGGUAUCCUGCAGCUGGAGGCCCCAAAGAGCCGCCCAGGCAAGUCUCCCAGCAAGGUCAAGCCUCAGGGCCUUCCAGCCAAGCGUUUACCUAUGCAAGAGGCACAGAGUCUAGGGCAGCUAAGACACACAAGCCACGGUAUGGGUGUACCGGUAUUGCCUUACCCUGACCCAGUGUCUCACAUGGUUGGCCCAAGCUCAUUGGGAAGCCUGGACACCCGAUGGUACGAGCUGACACCAAGGCUUAGCCCCAGGCAGCCCCGAAGGAUGGAACCCAGCAUGGUUGUUCUCCAGCCAUCCCGCCUCUCACCUCUAACCCAGAGCCCCAUCAGCUCUCACGAAGGCUCACCAGAGAUUGUAGUGCGACCCAGGCCCCGCCCCAGUGUCAUUCAACCGCAGAUUCCUCCUGAGAUGUCUGAGAUCACCCUCCAACCUCCUUCUUCUGUUAGCUUCUCUAAGGGGUCCUCUCCCUCCUCGUCUCCCGCUCAAGGCCAAGGCAGCCGAAGAGCAAGUCCCAGCUACCGAUCCCACAUGGCGUAUGCCACCUCAGCAACAAGCUAUCCGUCACAGUCCCCUUCACCUCCUGUAGAAAGCAGCAACAUUUUUGGGCAGAUGCCAACCCAGAGGAGGACUGAGGAGGAGAUUCUUCCGUCAGAACCCUCUCCACCACAGUUAUCAGCUUCAGGAAAACGUCGAGGUGCAUCAAGUGGCUCUGCAGGGUCUGAGAGGAUAGAAGCACUCAGAUAUCAACGAGUGAAAAAAGUCAAGAAAGUCGGAGUCAACAAUAACAACUCCAAGAGCAGACAAAAGACGGGUGUGCCCGCCUCUCAGACCCAGCAGCCCCACACCUCUCAGGUCCUCCAGCCAGAAGAAGCUCUCUACCUCCGCAAGAAGAAGAAAAAGCUGACCCGCCAGGACCCGUACACCCGCUUCUCCGCUCUGCUGUACCGCCGUCCGCCCCAAGAAGACCAGAAGGCCAUUUUGGCAAGCAUGGACACGGCAGACCCAGACCAUGCCACUCUUCUCUAAAGUCCAAAAGAGAACAGGCCGCCCUCUCUGAGCUCCUUACACCAUCUUUAUGUCCACACCUGACUCCAAUGGUUGACUUUCUUUACUCUUACUAAGUCACAACAUAAUGCUGGUCGAAAGCGUUCCAGCAAGGUUUUGCUACAGUCCAUAUACCUCACAUUUGAAUGGAUUGGUAUUUAGCAGCUUUAAAGAGGAUUUCGUUUCUCAUUACAUGGUUGUCAAGCCUCUCUUUUAUUCUGCAGGCAUGUCAAUAAUAUCUCGUGGUUGAUCACAGGGUUAGUACAGAUAUACCUCAGAUUCACCUAAAGCUUAGCAGCUCAAACACAGAUCGGAUUUUUUUAUUCAGAACUUACCACAAUGCACAUCUUUAACAUAUUUGCGUUAACCAUACAAGAUGGAUGUGGAUUCAAAUUUGCAUUCGACAUAAUGUCCUUUAUUUAUAUUCGCACCAUAAUUAUGGUAAAGGUAGUACAGGUGUACAAAAUAAGCAUUGUGUGAGUGGAUGUAAGUGCGUGUCUAUAAUUUCUCCCUGAGGAAUAUGAUGAAAUUACAAUGGUUUUAUAUUACAGGAAAUUAUAUCAAUUCUCUUUUACAAAGCACAAUGAUUCAUGUAUCUGCUAAGGCUGUAGGAAAGACAGAUGUAGGGGUAUGGCAGCCAUUUGAGAAACCAUUAAAAUAUUCAUUUCUAUUUUUCUUUUUGAUAACAUAGAAGAUCUUUUGAACAAGCACUGGAGCAAAACCUUGUUGACCGCUGCACCGUAUAUAUAUCUCUUUUUUAUAUAUAUAAAGCUAACCUCACUUCUCUUGGUUUUCAAGUCCUAUUUAAAACGUACUAUAGUAAUGCCAAAAAUACUACAGCUUCCUAAUCAAUAAGACAAUAUGUGUACUGUACUGUGAGGAGGAUAGGAUUUUGUGCCAUAAUAUACUAUAGUAUUUUUGUCAUUUACAAUGCGAUGCCCCCUUACUUUUAAAAAGGCAGCCUUAAACGGGCUCACAUUCAUAAGAUUUGUUUCUGUUUCACUAAACAAAACUGAAAUUUACUGCCUUUGUGGGCUACUGUAGAGCCUUUUGUUUUUUUGGUCUCUCUCCUCUGUCAAGAUCUCUUUGGGAUGAGAGGGCUAUUCCCAGCGGCCAAAGGUUUCUAUUGUGUUUCUAUCAUCCAACGGUGCUUCUUUUCUACAGAUAGACAUGUAUUUUCAUUGUCUUACCAGACAUAACUAUACAUAUAGUGUGCUAGCCAUUGUCAAAGGGGGACAUUAUGGCCGUCAGGAGACCAGUGGCAUGAUCUGUAUGUCUUAUAACUUCUACAGAUGUACAUUCAGCUCAACGGUGGGCUUGUACGUUUGAAAAUGUCUCAAAUAUGUGGCUGAACGGUGGACUUUUAUCAAGUGGGUUAUUAUGACUUUAUAGUGCGUGGUUCCCUCCCAGUGGCCAACCUCCACAUUAUAGGCAUUUUACCAGCCUAUACGUAAGGUGCUAUCAAACUUAUGAAGUCUUCAGAGUGUACUAAUAUUAAUAUUGCUUUAUGUGAUCUUCCGGCAGAUAAUGGCUGCUGCUUAUCUCCUGAACACCUCAGUAUUGGAUGUUUUAGGAUUUUAAUACCAUCCUGCAUCUGUUAUUGAUAAGCCUUCCGCUGUCUGCUGUGAUAUCUUGUGAGGUCAUCAGACGAUAUAUCAACAUUCAUACUUGAUUGUAUCUGUGUGCUGAACGUUAGCAUCGGGUUUGUGUUUUUAGCUGUGGAGUUGUUAAAGGAGUAGUCCACUUAAAAGAUGGGGCCCAUUGACUUAACAUAGUAUUUUUUUCCUACUAUGAAAAGUCAAUGGACCCCAUCUUUAAAGUGGACUACUCCUUUAAAGGGAAGCUAUGUGAAAACUGGCACACACAUGCGAUGAUGAUUUUGUUACAGUCGCGAUGUACUGUAAUCUCCGCUUAUAUGAGACCAGCGCAUUAAGUGCUCCUUUUUAAGUAUCAUCAUUUUUUUUUUGCCUUGGAUCAAGUGAAUUGAUUUUUAAGAAUGACGCCAUCUUCAGCUUGUAGAGAUUUUAUUUUGCAUUGUGGUAUGAGAGCUGUUCAGACCCUCCAACCAUUUGUGUGUUGCGUGAAUCGAUGGCUUGAAAUUUCGAGCGCAGACUUGAUUCGUGUACUUGUUGUUUCAUUUGUAAUUCAAGUAACCACAUUAGAUGAGACCUACUUACUAAAGUUAGGUAUUUUAUGUGUGUGCAACAACACACUAUUAGAUAAAUAGAGACAACUGAUGUUGUAGAUGUGCUGAAGUAUUUUUGAUCCAUUUCACUGGCAAAUAUGGUGCUUUCUAAAAAGAUAUAUAACUAUUUAAUUACCUUAAUAUUGUGUUCUUUUUUAUUUCAAGCUUCAUACGAAAGAGUAAUAUCAAAAUGAAUAUCCAAAAUGCUAGGAAUGUACUGUAAUAUUUGUAAAUAUAUAUAAUAUAAUAGCAUAUAUUGCACAAUGUAUUAUAAAAUUUUAGUAAUUUUGAAUAAAUUGGCCAAUAUAUGCACUCAUCGUAAUAUAUUGAUAGAAAACAUAUUGUCAUAUUUUGGAUUCAGUUUCUAAUGCUAUCGUCUGUUCGUUUUUCACGAUGGCUGGAAUGCAUGAGAGCAUUUUUGAGCCAAGAGAGCUUAACGUGUCAGUCCAUGUUGAAUUCACCUUCACUUUAAAUUUGCAACUUUUUUUUUUAAAGAGCUAACAGUGGAAAGUUUGAAUCUGGGAAAGCUGUCUAAAGCUACAAGAUUAUCAGUCUAGCUUGAAUUCAACAUUGCGGGUGACUUUGUAGCAUCAAUUGUUGAACAGAUUGUCUGGCUUUAAUGAGCUGUAUUGAGAUUUUGGGAGGUUAUUAGUGCUAACUUGAUUUGGAUCAUAGGCAAUGUAAAAUGAGAUUUAUUGUACGAUUGUUGCAUUUCAGUAGCAUUAUAGAUAUGGUAGAGAUUCAUUCAGGCAUUAGUUUUAUUAUUUAUUUUAUUGUACCAAUUUUUAUAUCUACGAAUUAAAACUUAUUACUUUUGUCAAUACAUCUCAAGAUACGCAUUUUUCCAUUUCAUUUCAUUUUUAAGGUGCAUCAUUUUUAAUAAAAGCAUCUUAGUAAA